CAUCUCUUUGCAAGAAAGAUUUGAAUCGCAGAGAAAAAAAAAGAGCAGAGAGAAAUCUCGCCAAGGAAGAAGAAGAAGAAAGAGUUUUGUUGUUGUUGUUCGCCAUGGCAGGCUCUUGGAGAGCUCGCGGGUCUCUGAUCGUGCUCGCAAUCGUUACCUUCGGUUGCCUUUUUGCAAUUUCGAUUGCGAAAGAGGAAGCUGCUAAGUUAGGAACAGUCAUUGGUAUUGAUCUUGGAACAACCUAUUCUUGUGUUGGUGUUUACAAAAACGGUCACGUUGAAAUCAUAGCCAACGACCAAGGAAACCGUAUUACCCCAUCGUGGGUCGCUUUCACCGACAGCGAGAGGCUGAUCGGUGAGGCAGCAAAGAACCAGGCGGCUGUCAAUCCUGAAAGGACCAUCUUUGAUGUCAAGAGACUUAUCGGGAGAAAGUUUGACGACAAAGAAGUCCAAAAGGACAUUAAACUUUUCCCUUUCAAGAUUGUGAACAAGGAUGGGAAGCCUUACAUUCAGGUGAACAUAAAGGAUGGUGAGACCAAGGUUUUCAGCCCUGAGGAGAUCAGCGCUAUGGUUCUGACUAAGAUGAAGGAAACCGCUGAGGCUUUCCUUGGGAAGAAAAUCAAGGAUGCUGUUGUUACAGUUCCUGCUUACUUUAACGAUGCUCAGAGACAGGCAACCAAGGACGCCGGAAUUAUUGCCGGCCUAAAUGUUGCUAGGAUUAUAAAUGAGCCGACGGCUGCUGCCAUCGCUUAUGGUCUGGACAAGAAGGGUGGAGAGAAAAACAUUCUUGUCUUUGAUCUUGGUGGUGGAACCUUCGAUGUCAGUAUCUUGACUAUUGACAACGGUGUGUUUGAGGUUCUUGCCACAAAUGGAGACACUCAUUUGGGAGGUGAGGAUUUUGACCAGAGGAUUAUGGAAUACUUCAUCAAGUUGAUCAAAAAAAAGUACGGAAAGGACAUCAGCAAGGACAACAGAUCUCUUGGGAAGUUGAGGAGGGAAGCUGAGAGAGCCAAGAGAGCUCUUAGCAGCCAGCACCAGAUCCGUGUGGAAAUUGAAUCACUUUUCGAUGGUGUCGACUUCUCUGAGCCAUUGACCCGAGCUAGGUUCGAAGAGUUGAACAACGACUUGUUCAGAAAGACCAUGGGACCUGUUAAGAAGGCCAUGGAAGACGCUGGUUUGGACAAGAGCCAAAUUCAGGAGAUUGUUCUUGUUGGUGGAAGUACUAGGAUUCCUAAGGUCCAACAGCUUCUUAAGGAGUACUUCGAUGGGAAGGAGCCAAACAAGGGUGUGAACCCCGAUGAGGCUGUUGCUUAUGGUGCCGCAGUUCAAGGAAGUAUUUUAAGCGGAGAGGGUGGUGACGAAACUAAAGAUAUCCUCCUUCUGGAUGUUGCUCCAUUGACCCUUGGUAUUGAAACUGUUGGUGGGGUUAUGACCAAGUUGAUUCCAAGAAACACUGUGAUCCCAACCAAGAAGUCUCAGGUUUUCACCACUUACCAGGAUCAGCAGACUACAGUGUCGAUUCAGGUCUUUGAAGGUGAAAGGAGUCUCACGAAGGACUGUAGGAUGCUUGGUAAAUUCGAUCUUACCGGCAUUCCUCCGGCUCCAAGGGGAACCCCUCAGAUUGAGGUCACCUUUGAGGUCGAUGCAAAUGGUAUCUUGAACGUCAAGGCAGAGGACAAGGGCACUGGCAAAUCGGAGAAGAUCACCAUCACAAAUGACAAGGGCCGCCUGAGCCAGGAAGAGAUUGAGCGUAUGGUCCGUGAGGCUGAAGAGUUCGCCGAGGAGGACAAGAAGGUCAAGGAGAAGAUCGACGCCCGCAACAGCCUUGAAACUUACGUCUACAACAUGAAGAGCCAGAUCAACGACAAGGACAAGCUGGCGGACAAGCUUGAGUCGGACGAGAAGGAGAAGAUCGAGACGGCGGUGAAGGAAGCCCUGGAAUGGCUCGAUGACAACCAGAGCGCCGAGAAGGAGGACUACGAUGAGAAGCUCAAGGAGGUUGAAGCUGUUUGCAACCCAAUCAUCACAGCCGUUUACCAGAGGUCUGGUGGGGCCCCAGGUGGUGGUGAUGAAUCAGCUGACGACGAUGAUUCGCAUGAUGAGCUCUAGAAAAACAAAAAAAAAACAAAAAAAUCACUUUCCCAGGCUGGGGAAAAAGAAGUUUGAGGACAUAGACUAGACAGACUAGGGCAGGGACACUUUGCUGUAAUGUAAUUUCUCUGCUUGGGGGAUGACGAGUUGAAUUUUCCCUUCCCCUUCGUUUUGUUAUUAUUAUUAUUUUUUUCUUCUUUUUGAGAUGAAGAUGCGGUAUCGGGAGAUCUUGUUUCUAAUACUUUAUAAUUGUUUGUUUCGUUAGAAAACUUAUUUUUCUGAAGUUAUAUGAUAUUCAACUUCUUACUUAA